AUGCACAGCAGAGCGCGCCUCUUGCUGGAAAGAGAAUUCCGUGAGUUCAAGGAGAACAAUUUUGAGGGUAUUACUGCUUUUCCUGUAAGUGAAGAUAAGAUGAAAUGGGAAGCUGAAAUUGAAGGUCUACAAAAUUCAUUCUGGCAUGGAUUAGUUCUCCAUCUAACAAUUAAUUUUACAUCAGAGUACAACUACGCCCCUCCAGUUGUGAAAUUUAAAACAAUUCCUUUUCAUCCAAAUGUAAGCCCACAUACUGGUCAGCCCUGUAUAGAUUUUUUGGACAACCCUCGUAAAUGGAGUACAAGCCAUACACUGAGCAGCAUCUUGCUUGCCUUACAGGUUAUGCUUUCUAAUCCAGUGCUAGAAAACCCAGUGAAUUUGGAAGCAGCCCAAAUACUGAUGAAAGAUGAAUCCAUGUACAGAACAAUAAUUCUAAAACUUUUCAACAAACCACUGCAAUUGAAAGAAAAAUCUUCAGUCCUAAAGUUACCUGAAGAUUCACACAAAUGUAUUGGGCCAAUUAAAGCAGUCUCAUUUAGUGAUUACUACAAGACAUGGUCUGUAAUAGCUACAUCAAAAGCCACGGAAUACUACAGAGCUCCAUUGCUUGAAGACCCAAAUUUCACUGGACAGUAUCAUCAAUGGAAGAAAAUGGAUCUGCGAUGUCCUAAAGAAUGGAAUUUAAAGUUUGCUGCUAUCAAAUCUGGGUUUGCUAGAAAAAACAGAAUGCCUCACAAAGUCAGUCACUCAAGGGAGAAAAUUCGUCUCUGCCCAACUCCAGACAACAUUUCUCCUGAGCCACAGAUUGAAAUAAAUAUUGCCACAGAGAUUUCUAAAACAGAAGGCGGGUGGAAAAGUAAAGAUCCAUUUCACGGAAGUGACUGGGAAGAGGAAGUGGAAGAUCUGGUUGCCUGGACCAGUAGUCUCAAUAUGGAUACUUUGGAAGACUAA